ACGGGGAUUGAAAUUUUUUGGAUCUUUUGAUCCUUUUUAAUGGCUGCCGUAUUGCGUGGUUGAAUGUUUACUCUAAUUCAAACAUGAGUGAUUAUUCUUCUAUGGCUACGCUCCAAAACAACAGUGUAACAGGGGGAUUUGCGGCUGCUCUACAACGUGCGAAAUUGGUGGCCGCGAAGAUUGAAGGUGGCGGAAGUAAGAGAUCUCUUGAAGACGGACCUGAACCAAGCUCUAAGAAAAUGGCAUCAGCUGAACCACCUUAUUCUCCACCACAGAUGAGUGCGUCAGCAGCAGCAGCGGCAGCGGCGGCUGCGGCCGCAGCAAGGAUCGCGGCCAACACUGGCUCCCCGCCAGCCCCGCCCGGCCCGCCCAACAUGAUGAACGACCAAGCCAUUAAUGACUAUAUCAGGGUUCCUGAUAAAAUGGUCGGACUCAUAAUCGGUCGCGGCGGCGAGCAGAUCACGCGGUUACAGGCGGAGACGGGUUGCAAGAUACAAAUGGCUCCGGACUCGGGCGGUCAACCGGAUAGGCUUUGUACUCUCACUGGGUCGCGCGAGGCUAUCGCUAGGGCCAAGGAGCUAGUGAACAACAUAGUGAAUCACCGCGGACGCGAGAAUGCCCCGCAGCAUCAGGAACAGGGCAUGUCACCGAUGCCCAGGGGAGGGGGCGGUGGUGGUGGCCUUGGUGUUACUGAUGAAAUCAUGUUACCCGGACCGAAAGUCGGAUUGAUCAUCGGUAAAAACGGCAAAACCAUCAAGCAACUGCAAGAGCAGUCGGGUGCGAAGAUGGUUGUUAUACAAGAUGGACCUAACACUGAAUAUGAAAAGCCACUACGUAUUUCCGGUGACGCGUCAAAAGUGGAGCACGCGAAACAGCUUGUGUACGAGCUGUUGCAAGACAAAGAUGGCGGCCCGGGGCCACGGUUCGACGAUGGGUACCAAGAUCAGGGGAACGGGGUUACUUCUACUGAGGUCCUGGUACCAAAGAUAGCCGUCGGUGUCGUGAUAGGCAGGGGCGGGGAUAUGAUCAAGAAGAUACAGAAUGACUCGGGCUGCAGGGUGCAGUUCCACCAGGAGAGGGAAGAAGGCCCGGGGGAUAAGAGGUGCUAUCUGCAAGGGCUGCCUCAUCAAGUGGAUCAUGCGCGGCAGAUGAUUGAAGACCUUAUCAGCAGUGUUAAUUUGGCAAUCCGUUCGGGCCGAGGCCGACCAACGAACAAGAACCAGGGUAACAACGACAGAGACAACCAGCAGUGGCAGGAUAGCGCUCCAGAAGUGAGGGUCAGCUUCACCGUCUCUAAUGUGAAGUGUGGACUCAUUAUUGGAAGAGGAGGUGAAGUAAUAAAGCAAAUAAACGCGCAGUCUGGCGCUCACUGCGAGCUCGACAGGCGCGCGCAGAACCAGGACCGCGUGAACCGGACGUUCUUCAUCAAGGGCCACCCGGACGCUGUGGAGAACUGCAAGCGGAUCAUCAUGGAGAAAGUUGGCAUGCCGGUGAACUUCGUGGCGGACGGCGGCGGCGAAGGCAACAGCGGCAAUGGCGGCAACAACGGCAACAGCGGGGGCGGCGGUGGGGGGGGCGGCGAGUUCUACGGCGGCGGGCCCGCCUGGGGAUACAACCCGCACUGGCACCAGCAGCCGCAGCCGCACCAGCCGCAGCAACAGCAAGUGCAAAUCAACCCGUCCACCGGGCAGCCAGACUACUCCCAACAGUGGAUUGACUACUAUCGGUCCCUCGGCCUCGUGAAGGAAGCAGAGGCCAUUGAGCAGCAGGCGAAGCAGCAGCAGCAGAUUGGCUCGAACAACACGGCGAACACGUCGAGCCCGAGCCCCGCGCCCGCGCCCGCCGCCAACAACUCGGCGCCGGACUACAGCGCGCAGUGGGCGGAGUACUACCGCGGGAUCGGGAAGGUGAAGGAGGCCGAGGCUAUUGAGGCGCAGAUUAAGGCCAAGCAACAGCAACAACAGCAACAAGCGCCGCCGCAACAAGCGCCCCCGGCCCCAACAUCGCAGCCGUCGGGCGCGUCGCCCGGCGGCAUGGGCCAGUACCCGCAGUACCCGAUGUACCCGCCCGUGUACCCGUACGCGUACAACCCGUACGGCGGCGGCCAACAGGACGCGGCGCACCAGUGAGGUGGAAACCGGCCGCGAGACAACGUUACGGAAUGAAGAUACCUCCAUUGUAGUUUUAUCUAAAUAUAAGCCGUUCGGAGUACAGCAAAAACGUUCACUUCCAUACUACCCGCAAUAAUUUAUAACAUACGUGUGUUUCUUGCGGGCCUCUCUAUGAGAUUAUAUCGCUAUUUGUCUUUCCGUGACGGCCGUGUGGACUAUCCUAUCUGUUAUGUAUAUUAUUAUUAUUGUGUGCUAGUGCCCAUUUCGAUAUUGAUCAUUGUCAGUUUGUCCAGGUGUAAAAAAUAGCCACACAGCCUUAGAUGUAACAGUGAACCGACGGAGCUUAGAGAGAAAGCGAUUGAGUGAUACGUCGCGCCGCGAGGACUCGAGGUAAAUGCACUGUUGAGUGACUUAGCUUACACAUACUGUGGUAUAUACUGUUGGAUAUCGUAUGCGCAAUCUCAUGUUUUAUACUGUGUACUAUAAGGUUGCCAGUUUGGCGAUUUUGGCAUAGAAUUGUAAAUUUGAAUAAAAUUACCAAAUGUGUCGAUUUGAUUGAUUUAAAACGUCAUGCGCAACAUGUACUUACGAUUAUGCACAGGCGAUUGUGACUCUUAAGUUGUAUAAUUCGGUAUGGAAAAUGUAAAAUAAUUGUGCACCAAAAUCGCCAAGCGUGUAACCAUAUUCUAUGAUUGUAAAUCGGAACGAGUUAUAAACGACAUUUGAACUAAUUUGUUUAGAUUUUAAGUUAGGGACGAUGUUUCGCGACUCUCUUGACAGCUCAAUAGGUUACUAACACAAUUAAAAAUUCGAAAACGGACGGUAGUUACAUAAAAUCUUUAGAAUGUAUUAAAAAUUUUAGCUUUGAUAAAUCUAGGUGUGUAUCGACGGUAAUGUGUCUUACAUUCCUCAUGAAUAUUGUUCGACUCUAAGAAGGUUCGAGAGUUCAUUGCACAGGGAACUACCCUCAUCAUUGUACUAAUAUUAAGAUAUAAAGUGUAUGUUAAUUGAUA